CGUUAAAUCGUAAUAUAUGCGGAUUGUUUAGCGAGAAUCAAUUAUAAAUUAUUGUAUGCAUGGUAUCAAAAUAAUGCUUGCAAAUCUGAUAAGUAACACGUUUCCGUUAACGGUAUACUUAGAUUUGAUUUUAAACAUUCCAAAAAUAUUUAUAAUAUUCUUGUACCAGUGAUUUACUUUGGAUUGCAACGGGUUGAACUGUAAUAGUGUUAAAGUAUGUAUUUAUUACAAGUGAAAUAUAAAGAUGUCUACACCUAACAAUAUUAGCAAUGAACAGACCUUAGCUGAAGCUUCUGUUUUUGGAAAAUUGUUUUGUCUUUCUGGUAUUAAUUUAAACAAUUUUUCACCUUCAAUAAGUGAUUCUCAGAACCAGCAUAAUUGUAAAAGUAUAACUAAUCUAAAUGAAGAUUCAGUUUUUGAUGAAAAUGGCCAUUUUCUUAAAGACAGUUUUAAAGACGGAAGAUAUUUUAAACUAACCAGUUCUUUUCCAGAUACCAACAACUUAGAUAUUUUAGAUUAUAAUAAGUUGAAUGAUCACAAUCAAGAUGACAAUUGUGUUGAUAGCUACAAUGAAUACAAUGGAAAUCAGAUUGAAAAAAAGUGUCAGUUUAGUGCAGGUACUUGGUUCGUUUUUGCUGGAUAUUCUGAAAAAUCUGAUGAUAUAAAUUCUACAAGAAUCUAUGAAAAUUUUAAUAGCUCAGUUGUUUAUAAUCAGGAGGAAAUUAACAUUUCUGCAAAGUCAAUAGUGCAUGAAAAUGAGAUAUUCAUUAAGACUACUAAUGAUAACGUUAAAUUAGAUUUUGAGGUUUUAGAAGAAGAUAUAAAAAUAAUAACAUUUUAUGAGAAUAAUACUUCUCAAAACAAUUUUAAAUCUAGACUACAAGGUAUUCAAGAGCAUGAGCUGUUUCCAGAAAAAAAGUUUGAUAAUAUAGAAAUUAGUUUUCAUGAACUAGAAUCAAAUAAUAAGAAUGAAAGUUUACUUAAGUUUCUCGACAAAGUAAAUAAUAAUGCUGUUGACAACUCUUUGAAUGAAGUCGAAAAAAGUAGCAUUGGCACAAUAUGUACUAAAAAUGCAAUUCCAGUUACCUUCAAUCAAUCCACAAUCAUUUUGACAAAUAAAUUUGAAGAAGUUUCCUUAACAAUUAACACAGAACAAUUAGGUGUACAUUUAGAAGACUCUGAAAGCACAACUUUAAUUUUAAAUAAGCCUCCUGUGUCUCCAAGAUCAAAAGUAAUUAUAAGGCAAAAAGAUUUGAUUGAUAAACCAUCAGCUACAUCUAAUUCAAACGAUUAUAAAGAGAAAUGCAGAAAGGUUAGUGAUGAAUAUUUUGAAGAAGUUUUUUUAAAAUUAAACAUGCUUGAUUUAGAUAUAAAUUUGGAUGACUCUCAAAACAGAUCAAAUGUUUUUGAAAAUGAACCUCUUACUUCUUCAAGAUCUAAAAUUUUUAUAAGACAAACAGAUUCGUUCAAUAAAUCACCAAUCAAAAUUGAAAAGCAAAGAAAAGUUAGUGAUGAAAAUAUUCAUGAAUUAUUUCAAGAAGCAAAUAUGAAAGAAAUAGAUUUUAAUUUUCCUGACUCUGAUAACAAUUUAAACACUCAGAAAAAUGAUACCUCUGACUCAGAUCAUUCUUAUAAAAAUGAGUCUUUUGGCUCUCCAAGAUCAUCUGUUUUUAUAAAGUCAAAAAAAAUGUUGGAUAAAUCAUUUUCCACAGAUUUAUCAGCUGGCAAAUUUAUAAUCAAAGAUCAAUCUAGUGAUAGAAAAUCGAUGUCUAUGAGCAAACUUAUAAAAAAAUCUAACUCUGUUUUGAAAAAAGGUGUUAGCAAAAGUUUAGACUAUAGCUCAAGUGAAGAUGAAAAUAACAAGUCAUUAAAAAGAAGUAGGAGUUUCAGGCGUAGCAUUGUCAUUCAAGAUGAAGAAGGUGAAAUAAUAAAAAACCAAUCAGGUGUUUUUGUAAGCAUUAAUUUCAUAACACCAUUGGCACAAUUUAAUAAAGAAAAUAGUAAAGAUAUGAACAUUGAUACUCAUCAGAGAUUAAGAAGUUUACUUUUAUUUUUGGAAAAUAUGGUUGUUAGUGUUGCGACAUUUGCAGAAUACUUUGAGGCUGUUAAACAGUUACACUCAAUAUUUUCAGAGUUAAAUGGGGAUAUACAUAAAGGAUACAGUGUAAAGACAAAAGAUGAUUGUUCAUCCAUGUUAAACUAUUUAGUAUAUUCUGACUGGCCAAAGGUUAUUUUAAGUUGCAUGAGAAAACUUGUCGCAUCAUAUCCCAAUGUUUUUACAGAAUAUGAAUGCAUUGAAAAAGUUGUUUACUAUGGAGGGAAUAUGCCAUCUGCUCUCAGAAUGAAUCGUACGACUCCUGAAUUUGCUGUAUCUGUUAUUUUUGACGGACUACUAAAGGCUGCAAUUAAUUUUACAAGUUUGCAUGAACCAAGUCGUUUAUCAUGUUGUGAAGAUAAAUUGGUUCAUUUUUUAGUUGCUGAUGUCCUACCGAAACUUAAAAAUAUAAUCUGGGGAAAGUCAACAGCCAGAGAAUCGUUUUUAAACUCCACAUGCAAACUGCUUUACAACUGUGCACAAUCAAGAAAUUGCAUUCCUAUCUUUAUAAAUGACGGUUGUGUUAGCAUCUUAUCAGAUAUGCAACAUGCUACUAUUGGUAUACAGGGUGCUCAAAAACCUGGAAUAACUAUAUUGAUGAUACUUUCUUUCAUGGUUGAUCAAAGCCACGAAGUGUUUGAUGAAGCCUCUGUUAUUUGGCUGCUUCAAUGUCUGGACAAGUCUCUUGAGGAUUCUAAGCAUAUGAUUCAUGAUUUUAAUGCCUGUGACCUGGCAAAUUGUUUUACAAGAAUUGCUUCAAAUGAAGUCAUUAGAGAACGUAUUGUUCAAAAUAGUGGCCAAGAAAUAUUUCACAAAUUCCUUCGGCAUUCAUAUAAUGAUAAUGAACAGAUAGCUGCAUGCAAUUCGUUAUGGAGUAUUGCAUUUAAUAGUCAAGCAAAAGAUAUUAUUCGAGGUAUGGGCAAGCUCAUGAAUCUUUUGCUAAAACUGAAGGAAUCUGAUAAUGAUGAUUUGUGCUGCGCUGCUAGUGGAGUAAUUUGGGAAUGUGUUGAAAAGUAUGAGCUUAAUGGAAAUAAAGAAUCUGUUUCUUCAUUUGAUUAUGUUGUCAUUAGCUACGAGUUUGAUGCUGAGUCUCUUGCAUUGGAUAUCAAAGAAGAACUCCAGUGUAAUGGUUUUGUUGUUUGGACAAAGAAUAGUAAAGAUGAUAUUAGUUUUCUGGAAGCCAUGAGUGAAAUACAAUGUUCUUCUAUUUUUAUUGCACUAGUUUCGAGAGUAUAUAAAGAAAGUCCAAGGGCAUUUUCUGAACUAGAGUUAGCGCACACUCUGCGCAAACCUAUUGUUCCAUUGUUACUAGAAAGAAAUUUCUGUCCCGAUGGUUGGUUAGGUGAUGUGAUAAAAAAGACUAAGCCUAUUGACUUUAGUAUUGGUUCAAGCCAUAGUGUUAGAUUUGAAUUACUUGUGGACUUAAUUAAAUCAAGUCUGGGCCAAAGUACCUUGAAUGAGAAAGUGAAUACAGGUGAAGAGAACGGUUUUGAAAGAAAUCAAGAUGUUACAAAAUGGUCAAAUAAGGAUGUUGUUGAUUGGUUAAAAGAAAACAACCUAAUAAAAUUUACCAAUGUCAGUAAAAGGUUGUUAAAAAUCAAUGGUUUACACCUGCUUAUGUUUUAUGAUCUCAAAAAGCAGAGUCCUGAUUACUAUUACUCCGUGUUAGAUUUUCGUCUUGGAUUAAAAGAUAUUCUAGAUACGCUUGAGUUCACUUAUGCGCUUGAUAGACUACUUGGAAAUGAGCGUCUGAUUUAACUUGACGAUUUGAAGUAUUGCGUCCUUAUGUCUUUUUAAGGUUGUUUUAUGAAGCAGCGUUAUGCUCCGAGUAUCCAACAUUAUUACGUUGCAUUGUAUGAACAUUUUGGAUUAUUUAUUCAAUGUUUGACUUGAUACCGUUAUAUAAAAUGACGGCCGCAAACGGAUGUUUUUUAUUAUGAACAAUAAUAAACAAUUAGAAACUUUUUUUAAGUGAAAAAUCAAUGUUAAUAUUUUGUAUAUAUUUGUAAAAUUUAAAUGUUUUUAUAUUUAAAACUUUUGUUUUGAUUUAC